CCUAUCUACGAAGAAUCGGAGAUUGAAUCUGUAAACCCCGUGAGACCCGGCCGGAAACGCGCGGUGCAAGUUUGUUGUUAAUCAAAGUCCGAGUAGGAGAUCCAUAUAUAUACUGCAGGAAGAUCAAAUCAACGGAACCCUAACCCGACUCGUGACGGCCAUGGCCACAAUAUAGUGAUAGAGAUCGAGCCACCAGACCCUCGAUCCAUCGCCAACAAGAACCACCUCCAACCCGCUGUAUCGUGCGCACGUCCGAGAUCGAUCAGCUCGCCGAUCUCGCUCGCACGCACAGGGCAGCAAUAAUGGCGUCCGGCGAGAACAACGAGGAGGAGUACUACAGCAGCCCGGAGGAGGCGGAGGACGACGACGAGAAGAUGAGCUACCGUUCCGCCUCCAACGACAGCGAUCCCGGCGAGAGCGACGGUGAUGACUCCAUGGGGUACAAUGAUGAUGAUGACGAUGAUUAUGGUGAAGAGGACGAGUCGAUGGAGGAGGAGGAGGAAGGAGUCAUGGAGGAGCGGAGGGAGCGGGAGGAGCGGUACGCGGUGCUGACCAUGGACGCCGUGCGCGCGCGGCAGGAGGAGCACGCGGCGAGGGUGGCCGACCUGGUCGCGCUCACGCCGGCGCAGGCCGCCGCCGUGCUGCGCCACUUCAAGUGGAGCGCCGCGGCCGUCGAGGACGGGUGGUUCGCCAACGAGCAGCGCGUCCGCGACGCCGUCGGCCUGCCCCAGUACUCGUGCUCCGGCGUGUCCGCCAACGCCGCGCCGCUGACCUGCGCCAUAUGCUUCGACGUCCACCCCGCCGGCGCCAUGCGGUCCGCCGGGUGCCAGGCCCACUUCUACUGCUGCGGUUGUUGGAGCGGCUACGUGCGCGCGGCGGUGGAGGACGGCGCCCGCUGCCUCUCGAUACGGUGCCCUGACACGUCCUGCUCCGCCGCCGUCGUGCAGGACCUGGUCGACGACGUCGCCGACCCCGACGACGCGCGCCGGUACGCCGAGUUCCUGGCCCGGUCGUACGUGGAAGAAAGCAAGAAGCUCCGGUGGUGCCCGGCGCCCGGGUGCGACCACGCCGUGGAGUUUCUGGAUGGUGAGCGCUGCACGGUGCAGCUGGACGCGGACUGCAUGUGCGGCUACGGUUUCUGCCUCGGCUGCGGCGAGGAGGCGCACCGGCCCGUGGCCUGCGACACGGUGCGGGCGUGGCUGGUGAAGAACGGGUCGGACUCGGAGACGGCCAACUGGGUGCUGGCCAACACGAAGCACUGCCCGGAGUGCCGCCGGCCCAUCGAGAAGAACCAGGGGUGCAUGCACAUGACUUGCUCGCCGCCCUGCCGGCACGAGUUCUGCUGGCUCUGCCUCGGCUCCUGGAAGACACACAACGACAACGGCGGGUUCUACCAGUGCAACAGAUACCAGGCGGCCAAGCGGGAGGGCAAGUUCAGCGCGGAGGAGGUGCGGCGCCAGCAGGCCCAGGCCUCGGUGGACCGGUACCUGCACUACUACGAGAGGUGGGCGGCGCACGAGCGGUCGCGGAACAAGGCGCUGGACGACCUGGCGGCGCUGGGCUCGGCGGAGACCGGGAAGAUGGAGGAGGUCGCGGCGGCGUUCGGGGUGCUGGAGACGGAGAUGGACUUCCUCAAGGACGCGUACCGGCAGGUGGCCGAGUGCCGGCGCAUGCUGCGGUGGACGUACGCAUUCGGCUUCUUCGUGGAGGACCCGGCCAAGCUGCAGCUGUUCCAGAUGCUGCAGACCGACGCCGAGACCUCGCUCGAGCGCCUGCACGGCUGCGCCGAGAAGGAGAGGGUGGACAUCGUCGCCGCCGCCGCCGCCGCCACCGUCUACAGCGACAGCGGCGACCUCGUCCCCCAGGCGCCCGCCCCGGAGCACUACGCCAAGUACAGGGAGAAGCUGUCACUACAGGAAAAAAGCUCAGUGCCGUGCACGGGUCUUUGCCGUGUGCUUCCAGUGCCCUUUGCCGUGCGGAAGUUCUUUACCGUGCGACUCGCGCACGGCAAUGAAUUCUUUGCCGUGUGGCUCCGGGGCGACGCACGGCAAACCAGCAGCGCACGGCAAAGAGCCAGCACGGCGCUCGGCAAAGCAACCCCGCACGGUAAAGCAGCCAGACGGCGCACGGCAACGUAA